GGGAAGGAAGAGAGGGAAGGAAGAGAGGGAAGGAAGAGAGGGAAGGAAGAGAGGGAAGGAGGAAGAGAGGGAAGGAAGAGAGGGAAGGAAGAGAGGAGGAAGAGAGGGAAGGAAGAGAGGGAAGGAAGAGAGGGAAGGAAGAGAGGGAAGGAAGAGAGGGAAGGAAGAGAGGGAAGGAAGAGAGGAAGGAAGAGAGGGAAGGAAGAGAGGGAAGGAAGAGAGGAAGGAAGAGAGGGAAGGAAGAGAGGGAAGGAAGAGAGGAAGGAAGAGAGGGAAGGAAGAGAGGGAAGGAAGAGAGGGAAGGAAGAG